CUCGUAGUCCGACAUAAAUCCAAUAUGUCAGUCAAGAUAUGGCAAACUACAGAAAUUACUGUUUUAUUUGAUUGUUGAGUUUCUUGUGCGGUAAAACAAUUAUUUUUAAUUAAACAAGAUGCGUUCUAGUUUUAAAGCCAUUGAUUUUCCAUUAUAACGUCGUGCAAGUUAUGUUUUUAGUUAAUUUGUUAGUGAAAGAAAAAUAGUUGUUGUUAUUUGUUUCAACAAAGCAAAGCUGCAAUUUCGUUAUAAGAAAAUGAAUUGUUAUUAAGUGUGCUGUGAAUUUAGAUAUAAUGUGUGAGGAUUAUCGGUUGUAAUGUAAAUAAAAAAAUAUUGUUUGUGCGCGCAUGCGUUUCUAUCGAAAACAGACAAAGGUUUUGUGUGGUUUUAAAAUCAGCUGUGUGCAAUGACUUAGUGCUACCUAAAGUGUUUGUUUGUAAGCGACAAUGUUUAGUGAAAUUGGAUACACAAUUUUUCUACUACUUGCCCUGCCUUACAUAGAGAGUGCGUCUCGGCACCUCAGUGAGUACGUGGAUAACUACGAGGAGGUGCACUACAAUCAUGAUGAGGUGCAUCUCCAGCACCUACGCGCGCGCCGCUCCGUCGACCCGCCAGAUCUGCGAAUUAACUUCAAUGCGCAUGGGCGGCGGUUCAAUUUGCGGCUUCGACGCGAUCUCUCAGCCUUUAGUGAUGAUUUUAAGGUUCACGGUUCCCAAGGGGAGCUGCAUGACGUGGACACAUCGCACUUAUACACGGGCGAGGUAUCUGAUGACCCCCACUCCAAGGUGUUCGGUUCGGUGACAGAAGGUAUCUUCGAAGGCAAAAUAAUGCUAAACGACGGCUCCUACUACGUCGAGCAUGCGAAGAGAUACUUCCCCCAGAACAACACCAGAGGACGCGUUCACUCCGUCAUAUACCGGGAGGGGGAUGUAAUAGAUCCCUAUGCGCAUCGGAGGCACGGUCACGUCGGCGGUUGUGGUGUCACAGACGAGGUGGUCCAAUGGAUGGAGAGGAUACAGAGUUCUGGAGUGGAUGACGACGCACUGGCAUCACCACCUCCCGCAUCUACAAGCACGCACCAUCACCCUUCGUCGCCUAUACCAUCACACCCAAACAGUCUUAGGGAUGAUCCGCCUAGGCAUUGGGAGCACCAUCAUCACAAUAAAUACUCGCGUGCUGCGAACACGGGAGAGCAUCCACGGUCGAAGCGGGCAACUGAAUCCAAAAUUAAGAAUACAUGCUCGCUGUAUAUACAAACUGAUCCGCUUAUAUGGAGACAUGUGAGGGAGGGGUUUCCAGAUCAUCUCGACCGUAGCAAGAAGAAUGAGAUAGACAUGAAGACACGCGAAGAGAUCCUCUCUCUCAUCUCUCACCACGUGACAGCUGUCAACUAUAUCUACCGGGACACGAAGUUUGACGGAAGACGCGAGCAUAGGAAUAUUCAGUUUGAAGUUCAAAGGAUAAAGAUCGACGAUGAUUCUGCGUGCAAGAAGCACCCGUUCGCAACGGAGACGAACCAAUUCUGCUGGGAGAACAUUGAUGUGUCAAAUUUUCUGAACCUCCACUCGCUGGGCAACCACGAGGACUUCUGCCUCGCCUAUAUGUUCACUUAUCGGGACUUCACUGGUGGAACUCUGGGUCUAGCCUGGGUAGCGAGCGCAAGUGGCGCCUCUGGGGGCAUCUGCGAGAAAUACAAAACCUACACCGAGACCACUGGGGGUCUAUAUCAAAGUACCAAGAGGUCACUCAACACUGGUAUCAUCACAUUCGUCAACUACAACAGUAGGGUGCCACCUAAGGUCAGCCAGCUUACGUUGGCACACGAGAUUGGACACAAUUUUGGAUCGCCGCACGACUACCCCUCAGAAUGUCGGCCUGGAGGCCAACAAGGUAAUUUUAUAAUGUUCGCAUCGGCCACCUCUGGUGAUAGGCCCAACAAUAGCAGAUUUUCGACCUGCUCUGUCAGCAAUAUCAGCGCUGUAUUGGACGCUGUAAGGGAUGGAAGGAAAAGGGACUGUCUAAAGGAAAGCGCUGGAGCGUUCUGCGGGAAUAAGAUUGUCGAGGUCGGAGAGGAGUGUGAUUGUGGUUAUGACGAAAUCGAGUGUAAAGAUCGAUGCUGUUAUCCUCGACAAGUGAGCACAUAUGACCUGGAUCGGAACUCGUCCGCUAAGGGCUGUCAGAGGCGGGCCAACACGCAGUGCAGUCCCUCCCAAGGGCCGUGCUGUCACGCGCAGACGUGCCAGUUCGUGUUGGCCUUCCGCAAUCAGACGUGUCGUGAGGCGACCGAGUGCAGCCACGCGUCCUACUGCUCCGGACGCUCCGCCGACUGCCCCAACCCCAGGUCUCUGCCUGAUCAUACCAAGUGUAAUAAUGGUACCCAGCUCUGCAUAAAGGGGGACUGCAGCGGUUCCAUGUGUCUCGCGUGGAACAUGAAGGAGUGCUUCCUCUCCUCGUCGCCCACCAAAAUCGGGGAUGGAGUCACGGCAGUCGUCAACCGCAGGGCCUUGUGUCAGCUCGCGUGUCAGACGGGGCCGGAGCCGGACUCCUGUCGCAGUACGGCUGACUUUGCCAAGCAAGUGGGUCUGCCCAGUGAGGGCAUCAGCUUGAGACCUGGAUCGCCGUGUGACAAUUUCCAGGGUUACUGCGACGUGUUCCUAAAGUGUCGGGCCGUGGACGCCGAGGGCCCUCUGGUCCGGCUGAAGAACCUCCUCUUGAACCGCGAGACCCUCCAGACCUUGCAAGAGUGGGUGACCGAGAAGUGGUGGGCAGUUCUACUCGGCGGGGUCACCCUGGUGGUGCUGAUGGGGGCCUUCGUCAAGUGCUGCGCCGUUCAUACGCCUUCCUCGAACCCCAAGCGACCGCCGGCCAGACGUCUGUCAGAAACUUUACGUCGUCCGAUGAACACCUUGCGACGCAUGCGCGGCGGCAACGCGGAGCCGCGUCGCGCCGGCCACGCCCCUCCGCGGCCUGGUCACCGCAGGGCCAGGAACCACAAGGGCUACGCCCCCCCACUCACCUACACUGCCCGGGAGCUGGGCGCGGGCGGGCCGGGCCCGAGCGGGCGUCGCGAGCCGUACGCCAACGCUUAUCCGCAGGCGUACGAGAUGCGUCCGGCGCACAAGGUCUGACACAGCGUUCUGCCGCUGCUGUGCUACUUGCAGCACGCACACACGCACACACACCUCUCGUGAACACACACGCGACUACUUUUAGCGAGGCCUUCGAUAUUACCGGGCGUUUAAUUUUGUAUAAAAUUAGAGUUGCUUAGAGUUUGCGCGAUUACCUGAAGAAUACGCCUCGUAAUUGCCGAAAGUACGAGCCAUGUAAGUUUUCAUGUAUAUCAAUUUACUGCUAAAGUACAGUCGGUCAGAACUAUACUUAAAUAAUAUUAAACUAUACAAAUAAUCAAUACAAAAAAAAACUAUAUUUUUUGCUUAAAAACUGGCAAAAUGUAUCGAAAGCAAUGCUAAAAGUAUGAAAUUCCGAUGUUCACUGCCACAUUUUUAUUUGAAGCAUUUAAACCAUUAAGCGGUUAAAGACAAUCUAUUUAACAGUAUUUUUUUCAUGUCCCGGAGAUAGGACGAGUUAAUUGAGACCCACGAGAGAAUUUAAUGUAAUAAUUCGAUCGAGAAUCAGGUUGUAAUCAUUAUCAUUAAAUUCGCUAAUCUUUUUAUCAUUAAUUUUGUCUGAAACUAAGUUUAAUGAAAUUCCGAACUUUUUCAAUGUUCGAGGGCGUCUCAAGUCUAUCUCUGGGUCUUGCGAUUUGUUCAGUACAAAUAGUAAUACUGAACUACGAUACAUUUGUUCAUAUGUUCACGGGCGAUCCUUUGGAAUAGGGCGGAACUGUUUCUAAAACUGAAUUAAACAGAAAAGAAUGAUUUUCAUUUAUUAGUAUUUUACUUGUUUUUUUUUUUGACGUGUAAACGUGUAUCGCUUAACGCCGGUUACACAAAAAAGCGUAACUCAUUGUCCCGUUACGCUCACUGUCCCUUUACGCUCAUUGUACGCUUGCGCCGUAUCUAUCUCUCAUCCCCUCGAUUUGCGUAUGCGUUCGAGGAUUCACUUCUUUGUAUCCAUACAAAAUGAUUUAAUUUAAUUUAUAAAAGUAUGCUUAUCAGUUUUAAAUUCCUCUUUAGAAACAGUUUUGACGCAACCAUACUUGAUUAUAAGUUUGACAUUCAUCACAAUGCGUCAACUAUUUGUAUGAAAAACUAAAAAUAUAUCUAAAAAAAAAACAUUUCAAACUCAUGGAAGAGGUUAUUUUGUGUUCAAUAAGAACUACAGCUCGGCCCAUUUAACCGCAUCGUGUUCGAAAAUUAGCUUUUAUUUUUGUAUCGAAGUGUCUCCAGUCGGACGUACCGACACGUGUGUAUAUUUUGUAUAUAAUCAACAUAUACAAUGUAUAAAUAUCAAAUAAUCGUACUGUUAUUAGUUAGUAAAACGUUAUUUUACUGGAAUCUCCGUAAUUGUAAUUUUAAAUGUCAUUAUUUGUAGAUGUGAAAAGUUUAAGUGCCAUUUAGGGAUUUGCAGGAUUAGCAUUCCGAUCGGAAAGCAUUUGUAUUCCGAGUCGACUGUCAAUCACAAUUUUAUAUCACCAAUAACGUCUAUCUAUCCUAAUAGUUAAACUAUAGUUAAAUGAAGUGGCAGUGACUAGUUCCCGUAUGGCGAAUUGUGUUGGUGUUUCGAAUUCUUUCCGUACGCAAUGUUCCAAAGCAAUUCGACGACUCGACAAUUGUCUCAAAAUUAUCAUUAACGGGCUCAUUACGCCACAGUACGGCGACAUUGGAAAAUGGCCGUUGUGAAGCUCAAAUUUGGCCCAAUAGUUUACGAUUAGUCUUCCUAUGGCAAUUAGUUUAAUUUCGUAGAUAUAAAUACAUUGCCAAAUGAUCAAAAUGUUUUAGACUGAUCUUUCGAUAUUCAGCUUGUUUAAGCGUUUAAAAAGUCCAGCUCAAAAUUGAAUUUAGGUGAAAAACGUAAGCUCCAAUCGUAUUGCAUGAAGUAUUAAUGUGUACAGUUGAUCUCCCCUAGGUAAUUCGUUACGUACUCCGUCGUGCAAGCCAAAGAGCAUGAUGUUUUAUUAUUUUCUAUAUAUUAAGGAUAGUUCUCGUCUAAGUGUACCGUGUUAAUGCCAUUUUUAGGAUCGAUAUGCAUUGUAAUUAAGCAUUGUAUAUUUGUAUGUAUGGAUGAAUGAGUGGCGACUCGACCAAUUGACUCGCGACGCUCGCGAGAUCGCGUAGUAAUGGCAUUAUUUCUCCUAAGUGUAAGCUAGUUUACCGUUAUAGAUUAUUUAAACAGACAAUGUGAAUAUUUUUAAUUAACAAGAUAAAUGUUACAACAUGUGAUUUCAAAAUAACAAAAAAAUACAAUAAAUUUUACAUG